GGGGCGGGGGGACCCCCCUGCCAGCCCUCAUAAACCCUGCGGCUGCCGCAGCAGCACCGCGGGGCCAUGGGGAGAACCACGGUGCUGAUCACGGGCUGCUCCUCAGGCAUCGGCCUGGGCCUGGCCACGCGCCUGGCGGCCGACGGCGCCUUCAAAGUGUAUGCCACUAUGCGUGACCUGGCCAAGGGCGAGCGGCUGCUGCAGCACCUCGGGGGCUGCUGCCCCGACACACUGGAGCUGCUGCAGCUCGAUGUGACCGACCCGCGGUCACUGGAAGCUGCCGCACGCCGGGUGCAGGGGCAGGCGCUGGAUGUGCUGGUCUGCAAUGCUGGGGUGGGACUGAUGGGCCCCUUGGAGCUCUGCUCGGAGCAGGACAUGAAGAACGUGUUUGAUGUGAACGUCUUCGGGGCCGUCCGCACCAUCCAGGCGUUCCUGCCCGCCAUGAAGCGCCGCAGGGCCGGGCGCAUCCUCGUCUCCAGCAGCAUCGGGGGGCUGCAAGGGCUGCCCUUUAACUCCGUGUACUGCGCCAGCAAGUUCGCGGUGGAGGGGCUGUGUGAGAGCCUGGCCAUCGUCCUGCGGCCCUUCAACAUCCACCUGACGCUGGUGGAGUGCGGGCCGGUGAACACGAGCUUCCUGAGCAACCUGCAGCGCCCGGAGCCCGAGGGCCGCGACCUGCAGCGCCUGGACCCCGAGACGGGAGGGCUCUACCGCCGGUACCUGCGGCACUGCCAGCGGCUCUUCCGCACCGAGGCGCAGGAGGUGGACGAGGUCCUGCAGGUGUUCCUGGAGGCCAUGGGCAGCCCCCGGCCCCCCCUGCGCUGUGCCACCACCCGGCUCCUGGAACCGCUCACACGGCUCCGUUUGACCGACGGCUCCGCGUACGUCCAGGCCAUGCACGACUUCGUGUUCGGGAGCGGCGGGGCCCAACCCUGAGCGGAGCGCGGGGCAGCCGCUCUGCGGUGCGCACCUGCGGGCCUGGGUUCGGGUCCCACCGUGCCCCCAAUAAAGCCCUCACAGCCGCACGCUCCCGGCUCUGUCCCUGCCGCCCCCGGGGCUCCGGGUUCGGGUCCGUCCGUGCCCUCCCUCGGCGGGCGGAGCUCG